UCCCAAGCCAAGUCGCCCUACACCAGGAACUUCUCGGCCUCGCAGGUCGAGCUCUCCGACUCUGGGCUCGGCCUCACCGUCUCGCCGGCCUCGGAUUCAAAAGAGGUGCCCUGCGCACAAGUCUUCACCCGCGCGGCCACCUUCUUCUACGGCUCGUAUCAUGCAAAGUUCCGCGUCGGGGAUGUCCCGGGCACGGUGACGGCCUUCUUCAACUACAAGAAUGACACCUCCGAGGUCGACAUUGAGUACCUCAGCGUCUGGGAGGAGGCGACGCUGCUGUACACGGUCAAACCGCAGAUUUACUUUGACAGCGGCAACCCGUCCAACAGCACCUACCAGCGACAGGCAUGGAACGACUCACGUGCCUCGUUUGACGAGGAAUUCCACGAGUGGUCUUUUGUCUGGCUGCCUGACAUUGUGCACUAUGGCCUCGAUGCAAACUACUCCAGGUUUAUUACUACCAACGUGCCCCAGGCUCCCGGCCGUCUUGCGCUGAGCCAGUGGUCUGACGGCAACUCAAACUACUCCAUGGGGCCCCCAACAAAAGAUAGCACCGUCGCCGUCUCGUCGCUCUGGGCUGUGUAUAACGACACGAAUGCCAGCGCGCUGACGUGCAAAACAGCCACUUCGGCAUGCACCAUU